AUGGCGGGCUCUGUCGACGAUAUGCUGCCCCCGCCCAUGGCCUCGACGAUUCGCGAGCGGACCCUGGGCGGGAACCGCGCCUUUCACAACUUCUACAACGACUACUCUCACAUACCCGAUCCCAACCUACGAAGACGGCUCGCCUUGUCCGAGAUUGACAAGGUACCCUUUGGACUAUACCAUGUUCGCGCAGUAUUAGUUGCCGGUGUCGGCUUUCUCCUAGAUUCUUACGACAUCUUUGCCAUCAACCUCAUCACAACGCUCUUGGGCAUGGUCUUUUGGAGCGGCAACGACGAUGGCAACGGAUACGGAGGAAACGGUGGGGUCCUGCCCGACACGACCAACCAAGCCCUCAAGGCCUCCACCAGUGCCGGCAUCGUCAUCGGCAUGAUCCUCUUUGGCUGGUUGGCAGACGCUCUCGGCCGCCGCCGAAUGUACGGUAUAGAACUCGCCAUCAUCAUUUUCUGCACCUUUUGCUGUGCUCUCGUCUCUGCGAGCCCGUCUGUGAGCGCCUCGGCGCUUCUAAUCUUCUGGCGCGUGGUUAUGGGGAUUGGAAUUGGUGGCGACUAUCCGCUAUCAUCCGUCAUUACUUCGGAAUUUGCCCCGACUCGCUGGCGUGGCGCCAUGAUCGCUGCCGUCUUCUCCAUGCAGGGCUUUGGCCUGCUCAUGUCGUCCGUGGUUGCCCUCAUUACCACCGUCGCCUUCAAGGACGCGUACAUCAACAUCAAGGACGAGACGCAGUGCGACACAGCCUGCCGAAUAGCUGCCGACCGGUCCUGGCGCAUUAUCGUCGGUGUGGGCGCCAUCCCUGCGUGCCUCGCGCUGUACUACCGCAUCACCAUUCCCGAGACGCCACGAUACACCUUUGACGUCCAGCACGACGUCGAAAAGGCCGAUGCCGACAUCCGAGCCUACGUGCAGAGCAAGGCCAGUGGCGACUACGAAGCCAACCGUAACUCGGGAGCUAGGGUGGCCGAGACAAGCCUCAAUGUCCCACGAGCAUCCUGGGCUGAUGUCUUUGCGUAUUUCGGCCAGUGGAAGAACCUCAAGGUGCUCAUCGGGACGACGCUGUCUUGGUUCUUCUUGGACCUGGCGUUCUACGGCCUUGGAUUAAACAGCAGCAUCGUUUUGCACGCUAUAGGAUACGCCACCGGCAACAACAUGUACGACAAGCUGUACAACCAGGCUGUCGGCAUGAUCAUCCUAUCCUGCGCUGGCUCUAUCCCUGGAUACUGGACGGCAGUCUUCACCAUCGACACUGUGGGCCGCAAGCCGCUUCAAAUUUUUGGUUUCCUGUUUUUGACCAUCAUAUUCUGCAUCCUGGGAUUCAGGCUUAAACACUUGAGCGAGGGGGCGAUGCUUGCGCUCUACAUCAUCGGGCAGUUCUUGUUCAACGCAGGUCCUAACACGACAACCUUUGUCGUCCCGGGCGAGUGCUUCCCGACGCGGUACCGAUCGAGCGGCCAUGGACUGUCAGCGGCCAUGGGAAAGAUUGGCGCCAUCGUCGCUCAGGUCAUCAGCAUCCCAUUGCUGAAGCGAGGACCGGGAAGUGAGGGUUGCGUUGGAAACGCCUGUUCGCCCAAUCUCGAUGGUCUCCUCAAGCUAUUUGCCUUGUUCAUGCUGUUGGGCACCCUGGUUUCCUUCCUUAUCCCCGAAACCAAGGGAGUAACUUUGGAGGAGCUGUCUGGGGAGUCGAGAACCAGCUACAACGCUGGCUGCAACGGAAGCAUCAGCUUGGGCUCACCCAAAUUGCGGGCUUGGAAUCCGUUCCAUGGUGGGCAACCGGCUGGCUUUAUCUACCCCCGGACGCACGCGGGAGCUUUCGCCAAGUCAAAGCGGUCGUCACGGUCGGGGGUCGUGGCAUCGCCGGAGCUCGCCGACGAGAAUUCCCGGCAACAGAAGACGCGAUUCUGGCGACGGCAUCGAAAGGCUCGUAGCACCAGCGACGGAUCCACCGAACUUGCUCUGCGGGAACGAAAUGGCGCAAACGGCCAAGCGGAUGGCGCAUCAGCAGACGGGGCAGGGAGCACGACCAGCCAGACGAUGCUGCACCAGCAGCAACUGCCGACAUGGGGCGCGGGCUGGGGCAGAAUCGACCGAGGCGGCCCACCGCAGGUGGCUGGCAACAUGCAACUGCAGGACGUGGGCAUGUUGCUGCGGCCCAACUAG